GCCUCCCUCUCUCUCUGCCCCUCCCCUGUUCAUGCUCUGUCUCUCUCUGUCCCCAAAAUAAAUAAAAAACGUUGAAAAAAAAUUAAAAAAAAUACUCUUCAAAAAUCUUUUAUAACCUCCCUUGAACCAUAAUUCACAUUGUGUCUUUUGGUCAUUUUUAUAUUAUUCUCUCAAAUCAACGAUAUAUAUUAUGUGUUGGUUUUAUUCUUUCUGUUUUUACGAUCAGCACGAUUAUUCUCUUAACGUAUAUUGUUUUGAGAUCCUCCAAUGGUAGCCACUGGGCUAGAUGCCAAGGACUCAUGACUUGAUAAGGUAUUUUCUUGCCCCACAGCUACCUUGCACACUCCCGAGGAGCUAUUCUAGAGGAAAGGGAUAGAUCUUCAAAGGUGCUUCUAUGAGUGGCGGCUAGGAGCCGGGAGGUAGCCAUGCUUACUUAGCCUGUAGACAGGGCACAUUAGCAGACAAAAAGAGUGGACCGGGUGCAAUGCUGAAGUUAUUAAACAACAUAAUUAUGAAACACCAUAAUUUUGGAAGUCCGUAAUGGAAUAGAGCUCACUAUCCUGGGCUUGGAGGUGAAUGAAUGGAGAUGAGAGGUACAAGGUCCAUAGGCGAAAGUUAGUUAAUUACAUGUGUCCCCCAGUGGUGCAGACUUUCCGUCCACAGGGGCUUCUGGUCAACCUGAGAGGGGACUGGGGAUGGCAGGGCUCGGCGCCCAGGUGCUCACGGAUGGGCUGUGAGAGAUCACCAUGCAGCAGCAGCUGGAAGUAGCCAAGAUUUUCCAGCGUCAGGAGCCAGAAUGUGAACAUGGCCACACCUCCACCCUCCCUGCCAGCCGAUUCCUGCCCUGCAUUGCUCAAGGACCUCAGGCAUCCGGUCGCACAGAGCAACACACUAAAUACAGGGAACCCUGCCCUCACAUCUACACCCAAAGAAUCCAAGAGUGGAGUUAUCAACUAAGUAGAAUGCUCAAGCAAGGCCAAUAACCACUGUUCCUGCAGAGGGGGCUCCUUAGCACAAUGCGGGUUCUGGAUGCUAGUUUUUUUGGGAGCAGGUUCGCGACUCCUCCCUUCUCUCCUUAGAGCUCCUCACAUGCCCAUUAGUGAAAGCAAAAUCAGGAGGCUGGUCUAGCUAAGCUGAGUACGGUCCUUUCACCCGGAAGAACAGCAUACGAGUGGUUCUUGUUUGAGCCUUUGGCAGAAGCAGCCACCUUCAGGCCCUUGUAUCCUUGAGUGCUGGUCUGCAGUCUUCCCUCUGCCAUGGCCCCCAGCCCCCAGUUCUCUUGCAUCGAAUUUUCCCGACUUACACUUUGCUUUUCUGUCAGCGCAAAGGUCACUUCCCCUUUUCAUUUUCAUGACAUUCAGACCUAUGUUUGUUGUCUUUAUGCCCGCACAACUGUCGAGUUUUGCUUUCUAGGAAGGUUGAAAUGAGAAACAAAAACCUCUCGAGUCUUGAACAUUAGAGAGAAAAACCGUGCAGCCCAUUUCCUUGCUUUCACUUCCCUUUGUGUUAACCUCAGGGUGACGUAGAACAUACAUACUGGAGAAGCAGGAAGACAAACCUCGCCCAUAGGCCAGUGCCUGAAAAGAAAGGUAUAACAUUUUUACAUGAAAAAUCACAAAUGGGUAAGGAGAAGAAGGCUAUUUCUCCCUGACUUACUAGUCUAUCCCUCACCCGCCCCCCUGCACUCUCAGCAUGAGAGAGUUGACCAAAAAGGAAACGCCAUAGAAUCCUGCAGACUGAACGAACAACGGAAGUUCACUAUUUCCUGUAAUAUUAGCUUCUACCAGGAGAUGUCACCAUGGAGCGCAACACGUUUUUGGUGAUUUCAGUAAGAGACUGAACCAUAAAAGCUGCAGUGGCAACAUCCAAAGCAUGUGCUUACUAAAAGGUGAAAUUGUUGGCAGAAAGAGUAAGGGAGCCCCAGAUAAAGAAAGACAAGAUACAGCUUUCAGGACACAAGAGAAAUCGUUUCAGGCCCCAGCGAUUUUUCCGAUUUUCCGUGAACUCGGCCCCACUGGUUCUGCUUCCCCAAGCACCCUUCCAGGGAGGUGUCAGAAUGGCAAAGGAAUGGGAAAACCUCAGUAGUUAACCCACUUUAAGGGAACAAAGGAAGUGCGAAAUAGUCUCUACCCGGCGUGGGAAUAAGGAAAUAACCGUAUCAGAAGACCUAAAUCCGGGAUACAACUCCUAGCGCGGUCUCAAAAGUAAGCAAGACCCUGUUUUUCUCGUCCGCCAUAAGGAGUCCAAGACCCCAUCCAGUUUAUACUGGUUCUCUGAGCUUGCCUGUAGUCCCUUCCCUAGUCUGACCUUCACCUCUGCUUCAUUAUAAUGUUAAAGUGCCCAUCCCACCUUCCCAGGAGGAGCACGAGCUUCAUUAAUGUAACACGGGAUGCCUGCAUAGGUAGGUUUUCUAAGUCACCCCCCCCUUUACACGUGAUGACAAAGCUCCCCUAAACAUUCAUCAUAAACCUAAAAUGAAAGCACCCGCUCACCUCUGCUGGGGAGUCACGGCUUUGGAAGUGUUUCUCCUUACUUGAUGCAAAUACAGUUUCCUGUGUGUGACACCCCCACCUGAUGUAAUCUAGCUGGAACUCACCAAGGAGCGGACUCACCUUAGUUGGGUUACAAAAUGAUUACAACUGGGUCACUCCCCUACUUACCUAGACAAAACAAACUUUUGCCUUCAGCCUCUGAGAGGGCUGUUGACCCUUUUGAUACCUGGUCAGGAAAGGAAGGGGUCGCCCCUGAGAAUUGGGUCCCUCACAAAAAUGCUCCAGGGACAAGGACAAGGAUCUAGGGGCAUUAACUGUUUUUGCUAACAGAGAAACCAGCGCCCCCACAGCAGGGGAAUUCUAAUGUCCUUGGGACAAGGUGAGCCUGCCCUCAGGGAGUGAGUCCAGGACAGGUUGGGUUGAGGUCACUCAGUCCCUCCAGAGGAAAACUGUUGCUAGAAGUGAUAACUACCUUGUCCGUAAAGCGUUGCUGGGAAAAUAAGAUCAUCUUGGAAUUACAAUCAUCAUAGCACAAGCACCUUAAAAGAACCAGGCUUCCUGCUGGGGGUACUGGGACAGCCUCAGAACUAUAGGCCCCUGGUAAAACAAACAAACAAACAAACAAACAAACAAACAAACUGUGGAGGAAAAUAUAUAUGUUAGUCCUGACUUUGUGGUCCCAGUGAAGCAUAGCCUCAACCCUGACUGAGGUUCCAGAAGGAAGAGAAACAUCCGAGAAGCUCAUUCAUUAAUAACCAUCAACCUCUGCUGUGAUCCAAAUGGGAAAUAAAACGUAGUCCUUGGUUCUAAGGAGCUUAAUUGCCAAAGAUGGUCUGGUGAAUCCCUAAACAAAUAUAGAAACCCUAAGGACUGAAGGAGCUAGCCUUCCUGUGUAGAGAGUAAGGAAGAUAAAAAGGAGCUAAAAUUUUGUUCCUAGACAGUUAAAACAAUAAAAGUGAGUGAGUGUGUCUCUGUGUGUUUACAUACCUACUCACUUCAGUCUUUAGGGCAAAGAUGAUUCUCAUUUGAUAAGAAUCCAUUGGGAUGGACACAUGGGAAGUCUCCUGGGAAAAUAAACUUCCGUUGUACAAUUAUUCACUUAGAAUGAUGACAUCUUCUUAGACAACAUGGAGAAUGCAUAAAUGAAAACAAAAGAGGGAAGUAAAAGUGCAGAGGAUGUUCAGAAAAUGAAAUUGUCCGCGUUCCCUAUUUAAGAGCCAUGCUUCGAGUUGGUCCUCAGAGAACCUCGGCCCUGAGGUCCCCCAGCCAGCCGCCCAGUUCAGCCCGGCCACAGCCCCCUCGGCUUCCCCAUGGCUCUCCUGCGCCCUCUGCUGACCGCCCUGGCGCUGCUCACCUGUCGCCCUGGAGGCUCUCUGGGCUGUGCCCUGCCUGGGAGCCACGCGCAGGUUAGCAGGGACAACUUGGUGCUCCUGGGCCAGAUGCGGAGACUGUCCCCUUUCUUGUGCCUGCGGGCCAGAAAAGACUUCCGCUUCCCCCGGGAGAUGCUGGAGGGCGGCCAGCUCCGGGAGGCCCAGGCCGCCGCCGCUGUCCUGCGGGAGCUGCUCCAGCAGACCUUCAACCUGUUGCACACAGAGCGCUCCUCGGCGGCCUGGAGCCCCGCGCCGCUGCACGGACUCCGCUCUGGCCUCCACCGGCAGCUGGAAGCCCUGGACGCCUGCUUGCUGCAGGCCACGGGCGAGGGAGAGCGCGCCCCGGGGAUGCACGGCCCUGCCCUGGCCAUCAAGAGGUACUUCCAGGACAUCCGCGUCUACCUGGAGGACGAGGGAUACAGUGACUGCGCCUGGGAAAUUGUCAGGCUGGAAAUCAUGAGAGCCUUGUCCUCCUCGGCGACCUUGCAAGACAGCUUGGCCAUCAAGGAUGGAGACCUGGGGUCACCUUGAAGUGAUUCUCACUGCCUGACGUGCCACAUCACCCCUGCACUAUGUCUGCUCACCUCAAGAGACUCUCACUGCAGCCUUCAUUACAGAAUUUAUUGGCUUUAAUUCCACAAAUAUUUUAUGAGUAGUAUUAAGCAAGAAUAUGUUUAAAAAAAAAAUCCGGCUUCAGGAUCAUCAGUCCUUAAGAGAUGAUUGCCCUGAUGUUAUUUAUUGUUUAUUAUUUAUUUAUUUAUUCAUUCUUGUGACUAAUUUAUAUUUAUAUUUCCCUAUAAAGGUUUUUGUCUUUACAUUGUGUUAAAAUUUAUAAAACGUAUUCACCUUUUCAUUUUAUUAACUAUGCAUUUUGUCUUAAUAAAUUCUUAUCAAAGACAACUUGUUGAGUCUCUUUAUUCUUAAAACCUAA